AUGGAAGUCUGGCUCUUCAUUCUGGGUUACUUGAUUCACUUCGUGGCCAGCUGCGUGCUGGUCUACAAGGUCCAGCAGCAGCGGACGGUCUACGGCUUGUCGAUCGACACGCAGCUUUGCUUCCUGGCAGCGACGCUGUCCCGCUGUGUGUGGUACCUGGACACCCGCCUUGUGGAGACCUGGUUGGCCUAUUUAGAGCUGCUGUGUAGCACGGUUAUCUCAGUCGUGCUCACAUACUACCUAUGGAGUUACCGCCAUACCAAUACGAAGAACGUCUGGACUCCGUGCAAAGCUGCCGUCAUCAUUCCAGUGUCUAUGCUAACGGCAUUUUUCAUCCACCCAGGUCGGCACUGGUGGACCGUCCAGAUUCUCGUGGCAUUUUCGAUCUACACGGAAGCCAUCGAGCCCCUCACGUCGCAUUAUGUUGGCCUUCUCGUGCUUUCGCGCGUGGUGAGACUGUUCUUCUGGGUCACCCUUUACUUCCAAGGCGAACAUUUUCUGGGCCUCUUCCUUGCUGACCUUCUUCACAGUGUCCUGGCUGCUGAUUACUUCGUCAUGUGGUGUCGGAAAUUGCGGCACGGAGGAGCGCUUAUCUACAAAAUAUGA